AUGACCGUGCUGGAAAAUAUGAUUGAAAAUACAAAUCCCACGGGUAACCUAUCAUUGGUCUUAUCAACCGUUUGGAUUAUUGUAAAUAGUUAUGCAAAGUCCACAACUAGUUCCAUAUCAUUUGGCCAAUUUGCCUCAAAUGAUAAAAGUUAUUUUUAUCACAACGAUCUGAUUGAAGAAAUAUUGAAACGUGCCAAUCAACAUGAAAAUGGCAUGAGUAUAAAAUUCUUCAUAGGCGAUGGAAAUGUUUAUGAGAUCAAUGACGAUGGAAAUGAAACUGAAUCAAACCAUUUACUAACUGAAGAAGAACUUUUCAUGUAUAAUUUUCGAAAUAAAGACAAAGGAAUCUGGUUAAUUGAUAGUUUGAAGGCCUUCAACCAGUUGGAAGAUACUUUGCAAAGGACACACAACUAUUUUCAACGCAACGGUUUAUUUACAAUUAUUUACACUGGCAGUGAAUUAGAGCGAUACCGUAAUAUUAGAAAAAUGUUUCGUCGAUUAUUUUAUAUAUACGUCACAAAUAUAAAUAUAUUGAUUCUCACUAAGAAGACAGUGGAGGUGUACACAUAUUUUCCAUUCAAUUCAAAAGUUUGCCAUUCCUCCGUUCCUGAGUUAUAUGUUACUUUUGAAGGAAUUCUUGAAAGAGAGAACUUCAGACUACCAAAAAAAUAUUUUCCAGAUAAACUUUUAAACAUGCAUGGUUGCCAGUUAGUAGUUACUACUUGGCACGAUCCACCUUUCGUUUUUAUCGAUUAUUUUAACAAAAGCGGUAAUAUUCUACGUAUACAUGGAAUCGAAGGAAACCUACUUACAUUUAUUGCAGAAAAAUUAAAUUUUACAAUUCGCAUACUUGAGCCACCAGAAAGAGAUCACGGUGUCGUAACAGAGAAUGGUACAGUGACUGGUGCUAUGAAGAUGAUAGUGGAUGGUACCUCAAAUAUAACUAUGGCUAGCUUUUUGUACAAUAAAAUGCGCGCAGAUGCUAUGCAGGCAGCAUAUUCUUACAUAAGUUGUUCUUUAAUGUUAACAAUACCUAAAGGACAUCAAUUGUCACCUUUUAAACGUCUAACAAAACCAUUUAGUUACAUUAUAUGGAUUGGCCUAAAAACAAACCGCAUACCAUUCACAAAUCUAUGGAGCACAUUAUAUGGUAUAAGUAUACAUAAUAGGUUGCCAAAAAAAAAUUUUGCUCGCUAUACAUUGGCGAUUUGGCUUAUUUAUACGCUUGUGUUACGCAAUGCAUACCUAAGCGAAUUAUACAGUAUUUUACAAGAUGGACGUACACUUACUUCACUUGACACUAUACAAGAAGUAGUAGAACAAAAUUAUACUUUUUAUACAACCCAGCCAUUAGUCACAAUGUUAAAAGCAUCAAUUAAAUCGGUUAAGUUAAAACUUGCUGACUCAUUUGACGAUUUAUCAAGGAAUGUACAUAAUCACUUAUUCCUAAAGGAUGAGAGUUUAGUGGUGCCUCUAAUGGCCCCUUACAUACUUGCUUAUAACCAAAAUAAGAGUAACCAUGCUCAUCCUCUAAAUGUGCUACAUGAAAAACUAACCAUGGUCCCAAUAACAUUGUAUAUGAGAAAACAUUCAUAUUUGCUGUAUAAAUUUAAUGAAAUCAUCACUUUUUUGAUGUCUUCUGGUUUCAUAAGAAAGUUCGAAGAUGUUUACUUGGAUACCAAAUAUUUGGUUAAGAAGGAGUUCCACAUGCCAAUAGCACUUUCGUUUUGGUUACUUUUUGGAUUAUUCACUAUUUAUAUUUUUCUAUUGCUGCUAUGUACAUUUGUUUUUUUCUUAGAACUUUGGUCAACAAGAUCACCUAUAGUUAAAGCUGUGCUCGAUUUAUUUAAUAGUUAA